AAUUAAUAAUGCAACAGAGGAUCGACGAAUAAAAUUGUUAUAAUAAUCGUAGUACAGCUAGCAUCUGUGUUUUGAUUGAUUCUCUAAGUCAAUACAUCACACAAGGUGCAACAGAUUUCCUUCCAUCUAUCAAUGGAGUUCAUCACAUUGCUCAUCACUUUCCUGCUAUUGGGCUCCAUGUUAGUGAAAAUUCUCACACAAUUUAAUCGAGAAAAACACCCAGAAGUGAAUCUUCCUCCAGGGCCUAAGCCACUGCCGAUCAUAGGUAACAUUCAUCAACUCGCUGGAUCUCCAUUUCUGCAUCGUUUGUUGAGGGACUUGGCCCAUAAAUAUGGUCCUUUAAUGCACCUGAAGGUGGGUGAAACUCCAACCAUCAUUGUAACCUCACCAGAAAUGGCCAAGGAAAUUUACAGAACAAACGAUCUCCUGUUUUCUUCGAGACCCCCUAUUCUUCAGUUCAAGAUUUUUUCUUACAAUUUCGUUGGGCUCAUUUUUAGCCCAUAUGGUAAUCAUUGGAAGCAAUUACGCAAACUAUGCACCGUGGAACUUCUAAGUCCAAGCAGAGUCCAAACCUUCAGAUCGAUAAAAGAAGAUGAGGUCUUCAAACUCAUGGAAUCUAUUUCUUCCCAGGAGGGAUCGAUUGUCAAUCUCACUAAAGCUGUCUCCAUUCUGUCUUAUUCCAUCACUGGCCGUGCUGCAUUAGGGAAAAAGAAUGAACAAACGCAGAGAUAUAUGGAUAUUGUGAUUGAAAUGAAUCGCCUGGCAUCUGAGUUUUCCUUGGCUGAUUUGUAUCCUUCUGUCAAGCUUUUUCAAGUUUUCAACACCAAGAGAUACAAGCUGGAGAGAGGACAUAAGCAAAUUGAUGAGAUUAUUGGAAACAUCCUCAAUGAACACAAACAGAGAAUUGAAGAGGGAAAAGGGGAAGAUGCAAAGGAAAAUCUUGUUCAAGUUCUCAUCAACAUUCAAAGACGAAAUGAUUUCGAACCUGAACUAACCGACGAAUGCAUCAAAGCAGUAAUCUUUGAUAUUUUCACAGCUGGGAGUGAAACAUCAGCAAUACUUCUGGAAUGGGCAUUUGCUGAGAUUAUUAGAAAUCCAGAAGUAUUGAAAAGGGCUCAAGAUGAGGCCAGAAGUGUUUUCAGUGAGGUGGGAAACGUUGACGAAUCACGCCUUCAUGAGCUCAAAUACUUGCAUGCCAUAUAUAAAGAAUCCCUGAGACUCCACCCCAGUGCUCCACUGUUGUUGCCUAGAAUAUGUGGCGAAAAAUGCGAAAUAAAUGGCUAUGAAAUACCCAAACACGCAACGGUUAUUGUUAAUGCAUGGGCGAUUGGGAGAGAUCCGGCGCAUUGGACUGAAGCCGAGAAAUUUGAUCCUGACAGAUUUUUGAACUCUGAAGUUGAUUACAAGGGAACUGAUUUCGAGUACAUUCCAUUUGGCGCUGGGAGAAGGAUAUGUCCUGGAAUUUCAUUUGCGCAACCCUCUAAUGAGCUGAUACUUGCACAACUGUUGUUCCAUUUUGAUUGGCAGCUUCCAGGUGGAUUGAAAAAUGAAGAACUGGAUAUGAAUGAGAACUUGGGGUUGACAGUCAAGCGACUAAAUGAUCUUCUCCUGAUCCCAUCUCUGUACCAACAUUCUUGUUUGAGAAAAGUCCACUGAGAUUAUCAACACAUAAUGCCGGCAUACUUUCUGUCAAUUCUCGUAUUUUCCAUUCCUUUGUAUCUUGAAUUACCAGCAUUAACAACUUUCUUAGCAGUAAAAUAGAGUAGUUCUUGUUUCAAUUGUAGUCAUGAGUAAUUACCCCUUUUCUGAUUAAAUUAUACUCCAGUUGAUGGCAAAUAUUUAGAUGAAUAAUAAAACAACCCAUCCCAGCAGUCAUAUGGGACCCGCCAAAUAAAAUGUAAGUUGACGUCCAAACAAGCACAUAGUAACUCAUCUCUACGGAUGGUGGCCUCUGUAUAUAAUUGAUCUGCUUUCUUCUCAAAGUCAACACAUCACAAACAGGCUGCUGCAAAUCUGCAAUGGAGUUCAUUGCAUUCCUCAUCACUUUCCUGCUCUUCUCUCUUAUGGCAGUGAAGAUCCUCACUGAAUUCAAAAGAAAACUCCCAAAAUUGAAGCUUCCUCCAAGGUCUAAGCCGCUGCCCAUCAUAGGAAACAUUCAUCAGCUAACUGGAUCUCCAUUUCUCCAUCGUUUGCUGAGGGAUUUGGCUAAAAAUUAUGAUCCUCUGAUGCACUUAAAAGUUGGGUGAAACUUCAACUAUCGUUGUAACUUCAGCAGAAAUGGCUAAGGAGAUUUACAAAACGCACGACCUGCUUGUUUGCUUCCAGACCCUCUAAAAAUCUCACGUUCAAGAUUUUCUCUUACAAUUUUGUCGACCUCGUUUUCAGUCCAUAUGGGAAUCACUGGAAGCAAUUACGAAAACUUUGCAACACAGAACUGUUGAGUUCAAGCAGAGUCCAGUCGUUCAAAUCAAUCAGACAGGAAAGGUGUUCAAACUCAUGGAAUCUCUUUCUUCUAGAAAGGGAUCUGUUCUGAAUCACCAAAGCCAUCACCUCUGCCUCUUUUGCUAUUGUCGAGGGUGAAAUCCGUUAGGACGAGGGUCAACGGUGUCUAUGGACUGCAAAACAAGGGUUAGCACUCCGACGAGCAAGUCAGUGUCAAGAGUGAAUGUAUAAAAU